AUGUCGGUGACGCUAAUAGCGUGGUUAACUAAAGCGAUAUGCUUCGAUAGUUUUGGGCACUGUUCAAGAGCUUUUGCAUUGCACAAUGGCACUCAGUCGCCUGCCAUGCAAGCUCCCAGUCAUGAUUUGCCCCUGCCAGUCGAGGUGUCCACUCUCAAUUCUGAGACAGGUGUUUGCUGA